GUUUUUAUUAUUUUAAGAUUUCUACAUGUUUUUAUUUUUCUAAGUUCUUUGUAAAGUUUAAAUUCAUUUUCUUUAAUUUUUAAAAUUUACAUUACAAUUUUCUUGAUUUGCAUUUUUUUGGGAAUGUAUUUUUUAUUUUGAGUUUUUUAUGUUUUUUUUAAAUCAAUUUUUUUUAAUAUCAUUAUUUUCUAAGCAUUAUCAACUUUGAGUUAAUGAAUCUUUACAUUUUCAAUUUAAAAGAUAAAAUGUUGAGUGCUGCACGUUCUUCACUUCUUUGUACUACGUAUAAUUAGUUUGUGAACAGCAUAGCAUUGAUUCAAACACGACCUAGCUGGGUGCGAAAAUAGGAAAUUGUUCUAAGAAAUUUGAGUUGGUGGGCUUCCCGUACAUGCGGAUGGUCUAUUUUUGAAAAGAAGUUUUGAAGUAAUCUAUAUUUGAAAGAAACUCUUAAAGGUGACAAAAUGAUACUCCCUAUUAUUUUCAAUUUUUAGUCUAUUUGUGAAAAAAUCCCUAAAAAUUGAAGAGGCCGUUUGGCAACACUGUGUUUUGGCUUAUCGGGCUUAUCGGUCAACUUUUUCACCAAACACGUAAGUUUUUUGCUUCCGCACGCUGAAUUGUGUAACAAGCAGAAAAAGUAAGGUUAGAGUUACUUUUCUGGCCAUAUUGGCUUAAGUUACUCUAGAUGACUAUUUUUGUUAUUUUUACAUAUAAUUUUUUAUGUAUUUUAUUAAUAAAAUAUAUUUUAAUUUUUUUUAAAUCAGCAGAAUCAGCUAAUACAGCCACUUCAGCCAGAACUUCAUAAAUUUCAGCGAAAUCGACCAAAAUAGCCGAGUUUAGUUCUACCAAACGGGCUCGAAAAGUUGAAGUGUUUGAUUGAGUGAUAUUUAGGUACACGAGCUUAAUUGCUACUAGUAUUUUGGUGAUGGUAGGAGGGCUUAUCAGAUAGUUUUUCCAAGAAAUAAGAGACCAACUUUAAAGUAACCUAUACAAACCUAGGUUCACCCCCCCCCCCCCCCCCCCCCCACAAAAAAAAAAAAUCAUAAAUCUUCAAUAGCCCACUCUCCAAGAACCUCUUAAACCUAGGUUAACCUAUGUUUUCGGAGAUUCAAAUCUCUGUAGGUAAUUUUUUUAGGUAGAUUCUAUGGUACCCAUAAGGUACCAAUAUAUUAUACAUUUGUCCACAUGGACCAAUCAGAUGCUGCAAUUAAAUUAUAUGAGUCUAAAUUAAAAAUGAUAUAUCUAUUUGGACCAAUCAAGUGAAUGACAAAUAGAGUACAUUUUUUAAAUAGAUACGGGAGUUCUCACCAUUUUUAUUCAAAACUAGUUUCUUGUACUAUAAUAAAAUAGACAAAAAUGCUAAAUGUACCCCAAUUUGUACCCCCACCCUAUUUUUGUGGCUCACAAAAGUAGCUCAUUAAAGUGGAGCAAUUCAUUUAUAGAAGUACGCUUUUGUGACCUACAAAUAUAGGCUGAGGUACAAAAUGAGGUAUCUACGGCACAUUUGUAAAAUAGAAGAAACACAAGUCGACCCCAAAAUUAACUUAGCUAUAAGAACCUAGGUUUGUAUUGGUUACUAUACGGAGCGUGACGACUGAACCAGGGUAAAUAUUACUCCCUCCGUUUUGAUUUGUUUGACAUAGUUUGACUUGUCAAGAAUUAAGAAAAAACAAUUACUGAGGGGGUAAAUUUUGAGGCCGUUUGGAACCACUGUUUUUCGGCUUAUCAGGCUUAUCAGCCAGCUUUUUCACCAAACACGUAACUUUUGCUUUCGCGCGCUGAAUUGUGUAAUAAGCAGAAAAAGCAAGGUUGAAGUUACUUUUUUUGCUGUAUUGGCUGAAGUUACUGUAAAUGACCAUUUUAGCUAUUUUUACAUAUAAUUUUUUCUUUAUUUUAUUAAUGAGAUAUAAUUUAAAAAUAAUUUUUUCUUAAAUCAGCAGAAUCAGCCAAUGCAGCCACUUCAGCCAGAACUUCAUAAAUUUCAGCAUAAACAGCCAAAACAGCUGAUUUUUGUGCUACCAAACGGGCUCUUUAUUGUUUUGACACUGUUUGGCACUCUUUGACACUGUUUUGCACUGUUUUGGUAAAGAUGUGUUUACCAAAUAAGUAAAUAAGGAAGUGUGACAUUCAUUUUAAAACAUCUAAAAAUGAAAGUGUGUCAAACAAACUGAAACGGAGGGAGUACUCCAUAAAAAAAUUAAAUAGAGGUUAGGUUAUCUUCACCUUCUAAAUGGAAGUUGUUUUUUUUUUUUUAGAAAUCUAAAUGGAAGUUGUUGAACACGGUAGGUUGGUGUUAGAGAACGAAUUUCAUGUUGAGACUAUUUAACACGUCGAACAUAUUUUACAUUAUUUAUUUAGGGAGUACAGAGUAUUUAUUUAGUAAUAAUCAAUUAAAAAAACAGCUUACAAGAUAAGAGCAUCACAUUUGUCGCACUUCAAUUUCUUUUUCAAAAAUAGAGUUUAAAUUCUUCAAUUUCAGUAAUAGACCUCAAAUCUGAAACAUACGGACACACUGUAGACAUAUAGAAAAUAUUGGGCUGAUUCAGAUUAUCAUUACGUCUUUUUGAAGUGCAACUGGGCCAGCAUUAGAUUCCGGUGGACUGAUACCGUGAUGGUUGUUGGGCCUUAUCGAGAAGGAAAUAGUGUCAUGGAUCUCUUGAGAUAAAAUUUAUUAAUUCAAUUAAUUUGGAUCAUUCAAAAUAUCCAAUUAAUUGAAUUAUAAAUUAAAUCUUUAAAAGAAUGGACCGAUCCAAUUAAUUUUGAGCCCAUUAUCAAAUAGUGGCUCAGUAUAUAAGCAGGAUGAUCCAAUUGAUAAAGAGGCCAACGAAUCCGGUUAAGAAAUGUGUCCAUAUGCAUGAAAAAUAGCUCUGAACAUUGUUAAAAAAGUUGUCCAAAUACGUUGCACAAGUGCUGAUUUUUUUAGCUAUUAAAAUGCAAGCAAAUGGAGCCCAGAGCCCAUUUUAAUUAUGGCCCAUGAGGUAUGGACGAAUUUCAGCAACCCUAGGCCAUAUUUUCACCUCCUCCACACCUAUAAAUAGGGGUCUCAUUUGAGAGAAAGGGAGGAGAACUUCCAGACGAAGAAACGCUGCAGCAAAGCUCUGAAGAACUCCCGAAAGGCUCUGAAGGAUUCCGAAGAAGAGGAAGAGAUCAAGCCACGUUUUUGUCAAGAAUAUAUGAAUAAUCCUUUGUGAUUUCAUCGAUUCUUGAUCAAACAAAAGCCAAAAGUUGAAGAACGUUCGAAGAUCUGAAGAACGAAGCUUGAAGAUUCGAAGAUCUGAAGAACAAAGCUUGAAGAUUCGAAGAUCUAAAGAACGAAGCUUUGAAGAUUCGAAGAUAUGAAGAACGAAUCUUUGAAGAUUUGAAGAUAUUCAUAUGAAGAUUGAAUCAAUAUUCAAUUGAAGAUCAAGCCAUAUAUCCCGGGAAGCCCUUUAACAGAAGAUCAAGCCACAUAACGGCCCUUUUGUUGAAGAUCAAGCUACUUGAAACCGGAGGCCCUUCAAUAUUGAAUUUUGCAUUCAAGAAGAUUUGAAGAUCUGAAGAACGAAGUUCGAAGAUUCGAAGAUCUCAAGAACGAAGAUUCGAAGAAUCGAUGAACGUUCGAGUUUUUGAAGAAUUAGAGAUUUAAUUUUAAAUUAAAUUCUUUAAUUAUAUUCAUAUCAAAUUGCAAGUGAAGAAUCAGAGGAUUAAUAUUUAGAGAUUGUACCCGAUAUUCUCACAUAUUAUUAUUUGCGAUCAAUUUUAAGUAAAUACUUAAAAUUUGUUUCACAAAUUUUUGGCACGCCCAGUGGGACAACUCUACCUCUCAUCUCUUCACUUUGAUCAAGGAAAACGAACCAAUGGCGUCAAGCACGCCCGUGUUCACUUUGAAGUCUAGAGCAUCAUCAAGCUCGAAUCAAGAUAUGCAAGGCCCUAUCACUAGGAGCCGAUCAAGAACCCUAGCUGCGCAGUCAUCUUCGGGAACAACUCCCGGUGCGAUGGUUGGAGUUCAAAUUGCGCAAGAGAUGGCCCAGAAGCUUUCUUCACCCAUACGUGAAGUUACUUCCCCAAAAUGGACAAGUAGCGAUGAGAGUUCAUCAUCUGGAUCAGACUCUACUCCCCCGUCAAGUCCUCCACGAAGAGUUACUCCACAAUGGUCAAAUGUCUACACCGUGAUGCCCACCAUGACGACGAGCACCACAUCUAUGGAAGAACAAAUUGCCCAUCUAACCAAGGUCAUCGAGGGGAUGAGUAUGUUCAUGCAAACUCAAGACCAAAAGUUGAAUGAUCUGAAUAACAAAGUAGAAAUCUUGAAAGGUGAGUCAAGUCAUACUCAUGAGAAGGAUCCUGAAAUGCAUGAAGAAAAUGAUCCUCACCAAGAGGAUUCGGGGAAGAACAUCUCAACCUCUGGGGGCAUGAUCCCGAUUGAUCAACUCAAAGACUUCAUCAUGGGAACCAUAAAGGAGAAGAUAGAAGGAAGCAAAUCUACUUACUCCUAUGUUAAGCCAUACACGCAAAGGAUCGAGAAUCUAAAAAUGCCCAUUGGUUACCAGCCGCCAAAGUUCGUCCAGUUUGAUGGGAAAGGAAAUCCAAGGCAGCAUGUUGCCCAUUUUGUAGAGACUUGUAACAAUGCGGGAACAAGCGGAGAUCACCUUGUCAAGCAGUUUGUGCGAUCUCUGAAAGCAAAUGCAUUUGACUGGUAUACUGACUUGGAGCCCGGUUCCAUUGAUAGCUGGCAAGACAUGGAACGUGAGUUCUUAAACCGUUUCUAUAGCACAAGGAGGGUGGUCAGUUUACUCGAACUAACAACUACUCGCCAAUGGAAAGAUGAAUCUGUGAUAGCUUACAUAGAGCGUUGGAGGGAUCUUGCUCUAAACUGCAAAGAACGAAUCUCUACAAGCUCCGCUAUCGAUAUGUGCAUUGAAGGAAUGCAUUGGGAAUUGUGCUACAUUCUCAAAGGAGUCAAUCCAAACACUUUUGAUGAGCUAGCAAGCAAAGCUCGUAACAUGGAGUUGAGCAUUACGAGUAGUAGAAGGAAAACCGUGGGUAUGUAUCCCGUCAAUAAUGCGGUUGAACAACAAGAUUCCAAAAAUGGGGGCAAACCCUUUUCUAAGUUUGAAAAGAAAGAAGCAAUGGUCGCUAAGACUGCACCUGUUAAGAUCUUCACUCAAAAUUCGAAGCAAGUUCCUAGGGUCGACUUGGAGGCGUCAAAACGUGUUAAACCAUUUCUAGAAGAGAUGUUGGAAAAGAAGUACCCUUUCUUAGACUCCGACGUUCCUCCCAUGUUUGAGGAGCUGAUGAGAUUGAAGCUAAUUGAUUUGCCUGAGUCCAAACGACCCGAGGAAGCUACAAAGGUUGAUGACCUCAACUACUGCAAGUAUCAUCGAAUUCUUAGUCACCCCACCGAGAAGUGUUGGGUGCUUAAAGAUAAAAUUAUGUCCCUAGCUCGUGAAGGAAAGAUUGAACUCGCCGAUUCCGCUGCAAGCACAAACCAAAUUGCCAUCACUUUUGGUAGGUUUUCUCCACUCAUAGUCAAAGAUGACCCAAAAGAAGAGAGCAAGAUCUCUCAAAAUCGAAGAUUUCCUUUUACUGUCAAGGGAAUGAAAGAAUAUCCUUCUCUUACUAAAAGAAUGGCACUGGAGGAUGUUGAUGACAAAGGAAGACCAUGGAUCUUGCUAACCCGAAAGAAACAAAAGAAGAACCACAAACCUAAGCCACAACCGAGAAAAGUGGUAAAGAAUCGGGUCAGGAAACAACCGACAAACAAGUUAAAGCAAAAGAAACAAAAGAAGGAUCGUGUUCGUUCCAAGACUGCACGAAGGGUGAUUACUCUCAACGAUUUUAUGCCAAAGGAUUUCAAGAAUGAGAGGGCUCAAAUUUCAAGUUCUUGUCUUAGCACCCAUGAAGAAGAAGUUGAGAGUUCAAGUGGAUGUCCAUCUCUAGUUUCGACUAAGAAAGAAGUGGUCGAAGCACAAAAAUCUACUUCAUACGUCACUGACAUUGUCUUUAGAGACGAAGAUCUCAUGUUGGGUGCUACUCCCCAUAACCGUCCGCUUUUUGUUGAAGGAUACACUCGUGGACAAAGAUUCAAAAGAAUUAUGAUUGAUCAAGGGUCUGCCGUUAAUAUUCUGACGGUUCGAGCUAUGAAAGACCUUGAUAUAUCAAUGGAUGAACUCUCCCAAAGCCGCUUGAUGAUUCAAGGCUUCAAUCAAGGGGGGCAAAGGGCGAUUGGAAUGAUACGUCUUGAUUUGACCAUCGGCGGACUAAAGGCAAACACUCUAUGCCAUGUGAUUGAUGCAAAGGCUUCAUACAAUCUCCUUCUAGGACGCCCAUGGAUCCAUGAGAACGGUGUAAUCCCUUCAACAUGGCACCAAUGCUUCAUGUAUGAGCAAAAUGGCGUUGUAAAGAAGGUAGUGGCCGAUGAAACUCCAUUCACAGAAGCCGAGACAUACUUUGCAGAUGCAAAGUUUUACCUAAAGACCAAAAUUUCUAAAGAUGACAAUGCUAGACAAAAGGAAGAAUAUCGCCCCUUGAUUGGACCAAAGCUGAAAGGAAAGCUUGUUGAAGGCGUAGAAGGGCUUACAUUCCCUCUUGCAAAGAUUGAAAUAUUGAAGCCUCCUCGGAGCACACGUAAGGAGGAAGUAAAGAGAAAAGAUGAUGUUAAGACAUACGAUCUCCCCAAGGUGCGUACAAAUGAAGGAUUUGAUCCAAACGCAUAUAAACUUCUUGCUAAAGCCGGGUAUAAUCCUAACGAACGGAAGUUGGGGAAGCUCAUUCAAGAAGCUGGUGGAGAGGGAACACUGAAGCAAAUCAAUGCACGAGGGCAGGUUGGAUUGGGUUACGUUCAACCUAAACCUAUAAAGAUCCUCAUAAAUAGAGCCGCAAUACAUCAUAUCAGUGCCGAUGAAGAAGAUGAAGUGACUUCUAAGCCGAAGUGUUAUGUCUCCGAUCGAACUGAGGGGUCAGAAUCAAGGCCCUCCAUCUUUGAUAGAAUGGGGCCAAAUCCAAAGAAAGUCAUGAAGAAGACUUUACAAGAACAGCUUGGAACGAGCCCGAUGAUGAUAAAGUACGCUGAAGACCCAUGCAUGGGACAAAACUUCAAAAGAACGUAUGUACAUGAAAGAUUAGGACUGGAACAUGUAGACAAUAAAUCUGCUAAAGUUCUUUCUGGAAAGCAAAGUCUUAAAAAGCACAAACAUUCUAUCCCAUCUCGUAUGAGACGAGAAACCGAUGUGAAAGUAACUUAUGGAAGUGCACUCAAAGUCGAGCCAGUGACCAUUGUGCACACUCGUGGUCAAUAUGAAGACCAAUAUGAAGAUUCAGUGCCCUUGAUGUCGGGGUAUAAAUAUGUCAAAUAAAGUGUUGAAAGGCUUAAACCACCAAUGAUGUUGUAAGUGGCUAAACUGCUAAAACAUCUCACUUUGUCUAUGGGUGAGCAUAAUCAUAGAUACUCUUGGCCCACGAGAGUUUAAAAUGUGUACGGAAAACUCCUGGCCCGCAUGAGUUAAAACUGUGUACGGCACCCCACCCCUUUAAAUUACCUAUUCAAAUGAUACUUUGAACUACGUCUGACUUGAUCUCCUUCAUAGGAGUUCGUAGGCAGCUCAAAAGUUUCAUUUUUGAGUUCAGUUAUAACAAAAUAAAUCCCAAUUGAGUCAUUUUGUCAAAAAGAAUGUCAGAAGAAGGCUUACGAAGAAAAGUCAGAUGAACGACAAAGGCUUCGGGAAUCUUUCAUCUCCUCGUCAUCGGAAGUGGAUUGAGUUGAGCUUCGAACAAUAUCUCCACAACGCCGUCGCCAUCUCAACAACGGAGCAGGUGGCGCCGACGGCAGUAGCAUCGAUGGUACCUCUAAAGCUUUGAACAACACCGCCAUCUUCUUCACGAUGACAAAGGGCAACACCAUUGUUUGAAAUCUGCAAGACGGCUUCAAGCUCCGACAAGACUGCUUCAAGCUCCUGCUGGACUGGUACAAGCUCCUGCCGGAUUGCUACAAGCUCUGGGAAAACCAUUACAAGCUCCUUGAAGUUUCUUCACACCCAAAGUAGCGGGUCCUCAAACCGAUGAAGUGGUCGUUCUUCACACCCAAAGUAGCGGGUCCUCAAACCGAUGAAGUGGUCGGUCUUCACACCCACAGAGUAGCGGGUCUUCAAACCGACGAAGUGUUCGGUCUUCACACCCACAAAGUAGCGGGUCUUCAAACUGACGAAGUGGCCGAUCUUCGCACCGACAAAAUAGCCGGUCUUCUAACCGACGAAGUGGCCGGUCUUCGCACCGACAAAAUAGCCGGUCUUCAAACCGACGAAGUGGCCGGUCUUCGCACCGACAAUCGGGAAUCGGCAUAAUCCUUUAAAUUGGUGUCAUCCCAACGAAGGGCUAAACGGCACCAACGAUCGGAAAUCGGUUUAAUUCCUUAAAUCGGUGCUAUCCCAACAAAGGGCUAAGCAGCACCGACAAUCGGGAAUCAGCCUAAUCCUUUAAAUUGAUGCCAUCCCAACAAAGGGCUAAACGGCACCAACAAUCGAAAAUCGGCUUAGUUUCUUCAAAUCGGUGUCAUCCCAACAAAGGGCUAAGCAGCACCGACAAUCAGCAACCGUCCUAAUUCCUUAAAUCGGUGCCAUCCCAACAAAGGGCUAAGCAGCACCGACAAUUAGGAAUCGGCCUAAUUCUUCAAAUCGGUGCCAUCCCAACAAAGGGCUAAGCAGCACCGACAAUCGGCAACUGGCCGAAUUCCUUAAAUCGGUGUCAUCCCAACAAAGGGCUAAGCAGCACUGACAAUCGGGAAUCGGCCUAAUUCUUCAAAUUGACGCCAUCCCAACAAAGGGCUAAGCGGCGCCGAUAGCAACAAAGUCAGCACCAUCAUCUCUUAUUCUGGCCAGCAAAGUCUCGAUCUCAGUAACACAAAGUAAAGCUCCGAUUCUUAUUGCCGAACGGUAGCACAAAGCCUUAAUUUCCAAUGAUAUCAGCUGGCAUCAAAAUCUUAUCUCCCAGCAACGGCCAACAAUCGAUCAGGCUCAGCACUAUCUCCGCCGCACGAACAAAUCUGGCCUGACACAGGAACUCUCCCUGCAAAACGCCGGACAAACACAAAUCUCAGCGUGAGAACCCCAGCAUCUCCUGUCAUCUUCUUUGCACGAGCAUGAGAACCCCAGCAUGAACAAAUCGGCCCAUCCUCUUCUUCUUCACGCAAACUGCAACAGAGAUUAAGAGACAUCGUCAACCACGGCAACAACUCAGUGAACAGCUACAACAACAACGACCCUCAACCUCGGCCAAAUCAUCAACUUCCGACGCCAACCAGCAAAGGAUCUUCUUCGGAUGGCCGCUAGCCCGCUACUUCAAUUGAUGUUUAACAGGUGUUUAUCUUGCUCAUGUGGAGGAUCCUGCUAUACGACCGAAGAAAAGAUAGUUAAAAAAAGAGAGAGAAAGCAAAGAAAUUAUACCUAUUGAAAUCUGGCCGAACUCUUAGGCGGAGGAGAAGAAAGCAGCCGUGCCUUCACUAUUUUGCAUAUGCUGAAAACGAAGUAUCAGCUGAUAUUUAUAGAUGUUAAACAAGAGUUUGAGAUCCGAUUAAUGCGAUAAAUCAAAGUCCCGGUAGAAUACAAAUUUAAGGACUUGGUAUUAGACUUAUAUUAGGAGAUACGUUAAUACUUCGUGUAUGCAGAAGGAAUUAACGUGUGAAUGGGUGAUGGUGUGAAUUUUAAAAGUUGAUUUGGACUCCACCAUAUUAUUCUACGAAGUAUAUUAUUUGGGCUCUUUUGAAAAAAAAAACAAAGCUGACACGAAUGGGCAGCCAGUUUAAUCUUUAUCGCAUUAUCCCAUCGGUUUGUGCUUUGAGCUAUUUGAAAAUAUGGUAGAAAGGAAGCUGGAUUAUAAAUGGAUUAAAU